GAACCAGCCUAUACGAAACCGAAAGUUGGGAAUCCGGAACAAAUAUCUUUUUGACCAAAAUGUUUGUGCCAGUAGAGAUUGGCGAGACGUGUCCACUAAAUGAGACAGAAUGGAUGAAAAGGAAAGCGCUGUUCAAUUGUACAGAUACAAGUGGCAAUCCUCCAAAGGAAUAUCACUGUCUUACAAACAACUUGGAAGUUCCAGGGGAAGUGUGCAUGGGUUCAGGAUGGGUUCAACCAAACUACUGUCCAGUAUUUAACCUAAACGCUAAAGGGUUUGAUGCAGUACCUUGUGAUCCGCAGAGAGGAAUAUGUUCAUCUCAACAAUUCCAAUCUAGAGACGUGUUCAAAUAUUCAGGCUGUCUGAACUUCACAAGACAACCAGACGUUGUUCAAAAUGGUGGCAUGAAGCUUGCGCCCAACUUCCUACCACUGAUUGCGGGGGCAGGGGUCGCUGUGGCUACCUUAGUGGUCAUCAGCAUUUGUUGUGUCUGGUACUGUAGAAGGAGAAGUGGAGGAUCAGGGAAUAAUAAAAAGGAUGACAUAGAGAUGAGACAACCAUUAGUAAAGAAAUUUCCUGAAGAACUUCUCAGAACUUGUCAUUAUUUGAAAGCCAAUGUCUUCUACCCAACCAAAGUCUUCACAAAAUGCAUAGGUGUGUUUGAGGUGCAUGGCAUUUUGACAUUUGUUGGUCCCCAUGGAUCCGGGAAGACUACUAGUGCAGUCAAUCUCCUUAGCAAGAAGGAAGGAACACAAAUCAAUGGCAAAAAAUGUGUGGUUGAAAUCUGCGAGUCAGUUGAAGAAGUUGGGAGUAAAAUGGUUGAAGGUUCUGUUACUUGUGUGCUACUGGAUGAUGUUUUGGAACAGUAUGCCUUUCAACCAACACUGCUUAAGGCUCAUAAAGUAAUAUUCGCAGAGCUAAAAAAAUCCAUAGAUGAAGGAAGACUUCAACUGAUAUGCACUGUAACAGAUACAACUUGGAGAAAUUGUGCAAAAGAGAUUGGUGACUGCCCACUGUUCCAUAGAGACUUUGUAAUUGAGUUAUCUGAAAAGGUACUGGAUAAGCCUGAAAAAGUACAGAUACUGAAAAAACAUCUAGCCUACAACAAGUUUAAUGUCACUCAGAAAAAGAAGGAAGAGAAUUUGAAAUCAGUAGACAAGCGACAUGGAGAUAAUUCUUUAAUUAACAUUAAUGAAAAGACACUGCAAAACUGGGCAAAGAAAGCUAAAGUCAAAGGAGGUAUAGGCAUUCCACUUCUCUUCGAUAUGAUGUGUGUAAACAAACAUUUGUUUGCAUCUGCAGACACUCUUCUAUCUGACAGCUUGGAAAAUGUCUUGAAAAUGCGAAUUGAUUUUGAUGCUAAAGAUUCAACAGGCCCCAACAGCAAGGAUUUUGUCUGUUUACUGCUUUUUGCAGCCUUUUCUGGCGGAAAAAUUUCAUUGGAAGAUUUUAGAAAAAAAGGCGAUAAAAGAAAGGAAGAAGUAUAUGUUAGUAUUUGCAGUAGGAAAGGUUGUAGUAUAAAAGAAGAGAAUAAAAUUGGAGAAUUGUUGAGGUCAGAUGAAUUGAGCGGGUUUUUUUACCCUCUGGGAGAUGCCUAUGUAUUUCAUCACAAAGUUUUGACUCCUUUGCUUUUAUCGAUGAUUGCUAAAGAAGACGAGGUCUUAGUUUUGAAACAUGCCGAACUUGAUAUUCUUUUUAAGGUUCUCCAACCUCAGAAAUCAAAGUAUCCAUUCGCAGUGACAGUAAGCGAGAAUGCAUUAUUGUCAGAACUAAUUCCAAGAAUUUGGAAGGAACCCCUCAAUGUCAUUGCUAAAUGGAAACAGCACGUGGUCAUGCAAUCAGAAAAACUGAAAAAGCAAUUGGAAAAUCCACCGUCCUCGGAUGGAGAGAAGAAGAAAUGAAGAGGAAAUGCAUUGCAGUUUUGAUUCACUCUGAAAGUACAUCUAUAUCAUGUAACAGAAGUUUUAUUAGGACAGAGAAGAAUUCUUUAUUUUUUGUUUUUGAAAUGUGAUCAAACCUGGUAUAUAAUCAUGAUAAUGACAAGCUUAGAAAAUAAUCAGUGUUUUUCUGUGUAUUCUCAAGACUUUGCCACUCUUAUUCAGAGUUUAAACGAAUCGUGAUUUUUUUUUUUUGGUUGUUUUUUGAAACCAUGUCCUGGAUUCAUGUUCGAAUAAAGAAUGACAGCAUAAAAAUGCGCGAGAAAUGACAUGUACUUUGAAUUGUUUAGAGGCAGCAAGUGCAAGUACUCAUAAACUCGAUUUUGGUGAUGUGGGAAAGUGAAACAUAUGAGUGAAAAGUUUUUUUUUACAGAUAAGGUUUGACCCAAAAGGAACCGUUAUCUUACUGCCAAGAAGAACUGCAUACUCGCAUGUUGUUGUACAUGUACAUGUGAAGUGGAACCCAAUUAUAUAGAUGGACAUGUCAUAUAAUUUAAUACAUAAUUUUUUAUACGUUAUGUUUUUACGCUUGUGUGAAUUAAAAAAAAUAUAUGUAUAAACAUUGAUUUGAGCUGAAGUAACAUUAUUCCGACUUUUUUAUAAUCUGACAAUAUCAGGAGGAAAUAUGGAGAAGAAAUACAUUAUUGCAGCGAACAUUAUUCUGUUUUUAUCAUUAUUACACAUGUAUCAUAACUCAGAAGUAGAGGUUU